AUGCCACGUAAGAUAGGAUUCACUGUGAUCAGCUGCAGCAGCCAUGAGGAUAACUACAGUCCUAAAGAGCUAAUGGUUCAUGCACCCACAGUUAGUGGCUGGAGGUCUACCAGAUUCUGUUCUUAUCCUCAAGAGAUCAUUCUUCAGCUUGUUGAACGCUGUCAUAUUAGGAAACUGCAGCUGCUGGCCCACCAGUACUUGAUCCCAACUAAGAUUGAAUUUCACACUGGGGACAGACUGCCUGAGUCCUCCUCUCCUGGUCACCAGGACCACCUCCGUAGACUAGGGUAUGUGUCACUCUCGGACAAUGAGAAGACAGGUUACAGGGCUCGAGAACUGAAGUCAGUCCAUGUUGAUGCCGUGGGGACCUACCUGAAGUUAACAUUUCACAAAAACUACAUUAAUCGCUAUAACCUCUACAACCAGGUUGCCUUGGUAGCCAUCAAUGUAUUGGCAGACCCUGUGGAUUUUAGUGACAUCAAUUUAAUUCAAACAAGGGAUCAGCUGAUUGAACAGUAUCUAAACAGUACUCAGCAUGGUUCUGCACUGGACGGUUCAUACGUUGGCAGCAAAUAUGAGUCUAUCUCUCCUCUGGAUGACCUGGCGUUUGACAUGUAUCAGGACCCUGAGGUAGCCCGCAUCAUUCGCCUACUAGAUGCCAGGAAGCAAGACAUGGUGCGGCAAGAACAAUAUGACCUUGCCAAAAAGCUCAAGCAGGCCAUUGCUGAUUUGCAGAAGGUGGGGGAGAGGCUAGGCCGCUACGACGUGGAGAAGCACAGUGCCAUCGAGAGGGAGGACUACGACACAGCCAAGCUGAAGAAGGAGCAAAUGGAAACUUACAGACGGAGAGUCUACGAACAGCUGGAAGUGCACAACCUCUUAGACGUGGACCAGAUACAGAGAAUCUCUGGGAUGUUCUCUGAGAAUUUGGAGGUUCCUUCACCAAAUGUUCAGCAGCGCCAGUGCGCCUCUUUAUCACCUGAGACACCGCAGAAGAAGAAGAAGAAAAAGAAACCAGAGGUGCCCAGAAUGGAGCUGGAGCAGGAGAUUCCCAAACCUCAGAGCCAACAGCAGACACAGAGGCCAGUGUCCCAGGCUCCAGAGGAUCAACCCAAGACGGAUGUUACUGUUCUUCCAUAUGAUGAGAGACCUCUGCCUGCUCUGAGACAGAAGGACCGGGAGAGGAAUCCAGAGGAGGCCCAGCCUGACGAGUCUCUAAUGGUGUCCGACUCAGUCAGUACUGCUUGCAGCCCAGGGGUACCAGGAGAACCAGAGCCACUGACUGAGAAGGCCCAGCGAGAGGCCAGUUUCCCCAUAGAAGUGUAUGGGGACAGCCUGGUUGCAGGGGCCUAUUCUAAGACCUGGUCGUACAGGGAGGAUGCCUUACUGGCUGUGUACAAGAAACUGGCAGAGGUGCCGUCUGGGACCCCCAAGGCAGAGCUGAGGAACAUGAUGAGAGCGGCUGUCUUCCUCACAAAGAAGGCCCUCUCAGAUAAAGUGUCUUCUGUGUUUCAAGCAUCGCUGAAACUGCUGAAAAUGAUCCUGUCUCAGUUUAUCCCUAAAUAUCACCUCGGCCGGACCGAGGUGACCCACUGUCUCGAGCAGAUCUGGCCCAACCUCAUCUCCAGAACCGGAGACUCAUCCUCCAGGCUUCGGACGCUGGCUGUCACUUUCGUUCAGGAGAUUGCUCUUUUAAAGGAGGUCAGACCAUUGCAGAUGAUCCCUGGGGAGCUGGUGAAGCCCAUCAAGUCCAACAUGCCGGUCAGGCUGGCUCUCAGCAGGGUAGAGCUCCUGGAAGCCCUACUGCAACAGCUGGGCGCAAAAGACUCGGGCUUUACCCUCGACAACGUCAUGCGGUUCCUAACAGGUGCACUGGAGCACAGUGCUUCAUCUGUACGAGAACUGGCGGUUCGGACAGUGCUGGCCAUGUACCGUCUCCAUAGAAACGCCGUGCUGGAUUACCUCCCUCCAAAUGAUGCUCAGACACGCAAGAACGUUCUCUAUAAGAACAUCUUUGAUGCUUUUUCAAAGAUAGAUGGCAGACCUUCUGAAUCCCAGAACUCUAAAAAGGGAGGGGGAAAGCAAGAGGGGAUGGAGAGAGAGAAAGAGGAGAUCAGGAGUCUUCAGGAGCAACUGGCUGCUUUAAAGGAGAUUAGUGAGAACUCUAAAGCACCGGAGAGAAAAAUGGAAAAGGCUGCAAAAGCAGGUGGGAAAAAGACACCCCAACCCAGUCCUGCAGAUAUGGAUGGUAGCCCAUCAUCUGGGGCAAAUUAUUUAGACAAUCUGUGUAUAUUCUGUGGAGAGAAAGAUGAGUCCUUCACUGAGGAAGGCCUUGACCUGCACUACUGGAAACACUGUCCAAUGCUACGCCGCUGUGUUCAGUGUAGACAGGUGGUUGAGAUUGCCAGUCUGACGGAGCACCUGUUGUGUGAGUGUGAGAGAAAAGCUCUGUUUGUCCAGUGCCCUCGCUGCUCUGAGGCUGUGCCCAAAGAACACAUGACUCUACACACCCAAAGUCUAAACUGCAACCCCCCUGUGUCUGGCAGAGCCUGCAACCAUUGUCCUCUGUGCCAUGAAAACUUCGUGCCAGGAGAGGAGGCCUGGAAGUCCCACCUCAUGGGCAGCGAGGGCUGUAAACAGAACUCGAGGAGGACAGCGGUGGUGCAGCGGCAGCAGCAGGAGCAGAGAUCUCAGCCAUCACAAGGAAAGACCAUCAGCCAAGCAGCACCAAAGCCAGAACCUUCUGUGUUUAAAAGCAGAGGACUGGGCAGAGGGAGUCGAAUCCCAGCCCCUGCGUCCAGAGCCAACAAAACCUUUCGCCGCAUCCCAGCCAAACGGUGA